AUGUCCGGAAAAAUGACGUUGUACAAGCUGGUGGUGCUGGGCGAUGGAGGCGUAGGGAAAACAGCCCUGACCAUCCAGCUCUGUUUGAACCACUUUGUCGAAACAUACGACCCGACCAUCGAGGACUCGUACCGCAAACAAGUUGUGAUUGACCAACAGUCGUGUAUGCUCGAGGUGCUGGACACGGCGGGCCAGGAGGAAUACACCGCGCUGCGCGACCAGUGGAUCCGGGAUGGCGAAGGGUUCGUCCUGGUGUACAGUAUCACGUCACGGGCAUCAUUCUCGCGCAUUACCAAAUUCUACAACCAGAUCAAGAUGGUGAAGGAGUCGGCCGGCUCCGGCUCGCCGAAUGCGCCCAGCUACUUGGCCUCGUCCAUGCACGCCUCCACGGGCCCGCCACUGCCCGUGCCCGUCAUGCUUGUCGGGAACAAGAGUGACAAGGCGGUCGAGCGUGCCGUCUCCGCCCAAGAAGGCCAAGCUCUGGCCAAGGAGCUCGGCUGUGAGUUUGUCGAAGCCUCCGCGAAGAACUGCAUCAAUGUCGAAAAGGCGUUCUAUGAUGUGGUCCGCAUGCUCCGGCAGCAGCGCCAGCAGUCGAUCAGCGGUCGCGGGCCAAAUCACCGGUCAACAGGCUUCUCUGGCCACCGUGGGGACCGCGAUCCCGGGUCGGAUCGUCCGCCCUUCCGGACCGACAAGCGACAUCGCGGUGGCAUCCGGUGUGUUCUCCUGUGA